UCACAGUUUAACUGUCAGAGAGCUGCUGAUGAAGAUGAAGGAGCUGCUCCUCUUCCUCUCCUGUGUCCUCUGUGUCUCUGCUGACGCUCUGCACAGUGACAUUAGUACCGUUGGCUGUUCAGACUCUGAUGGAGAGAACAUGUAUGGACUGGAUGGUGAAGAGCUUGCCUACGCAGACUUCAACAAACAGGAGUUUAUCUACCCUCUGCCUCCUUUUAUUGAUCCUAUGACUGUACCAGGAGGUUAUGAAUCAUCUGUGGCUUUUCAACAUACCUGCAGAGAGAACAUGAAGCUUUUUGGUAAAGGCAUGAAGGACUACCCUCCUGAACAGGAUGCUCCUUCAGCUGUGAUGAUCUACACCAGAGAUGAGGUGGAGUUUGGAGAGAAGAACUAUCUCAUUUGUUACGUGACUGGUUUCUAUCCUGCUCCUGUCAACGUCUCCUGGACUAAGAACGGACAGAAGGUCACUGAAGGAUCCAGCAUCAACGUUCCCUAUCUAAACAAAGAUUGGACCUUCACCCAGAUCUCCAGACUGCAGUUCACCCCACAGCAGGGAGACAUCUACAGCUGUGCAGUGCAACAUCUGGCCCUGACAGAACCACUGACCAAAAUCUAUGAGGUGGAGGCGUCCGCUCGCUCUGAUCCAGGUGUUGGACCCUCUGUGUUCUGUGGAGUGGGUCUGACUCUCGGUCUGCUCGGUGUGGCUGCUGGAACCUUCUUCCUCGUCAAAGGAAACGAGUGCAGCUGAUUGGCUCACGGUUAAUCUCCUGUAUGAGCUGUCCUGUCACCAUCUGUGUCAAUAAGGUUCAACUCUGGGAUUCAAAGCAAACUAAAGCUCCCUCGUCACAGUGAGUAUCUCCACCAUCCAUCCAGCAGAUUCCACCUGGAACCUUUUCCUGCCACAAAAACAAAGGAGACAAAAGUCAAAUUAAUGAGACUGAAAUCAGUUUUAUCUGAACUCAGUGUCAGGAGAUCUCAGUGUGUUCAUAAACUUCAAAGUAAUAAAUCCACAAAUUUGUCUGAGUGUU